AGAGUAGUUUAGGAAAUUAGUUUAAAUGAAUUUUAGGAAAAUUUAAAUUUUAUUAUGGGAAAUGGAUUUUUUAAUGGAUUGAAUUUUCUUUAAAAAAAUGAUAUUGCAAAUAGACUUAUUUUAUAGAAAUUUAAUAAAAAUUAAAUUAUUUUUAAUGAGAAUGAUUCAGCUGUUUGUUUAUUUAUUUUAAAAGAGGGAUAAGUGGAAUGCUUUAAAGAUAAAAAAAGCAUAAGAAUUUUAAAUAAAGGAGAUUUAUUCGGAGAAUCUGCUCUUUUAAAUGGAAAUAAUUUGAGAACUUUAACGGUUAAAGCAUUAUCUGAUGUAGAAUGUUUAGGUUUAGGAAAAGAAGUUUUAGUGAAAAUUUUAGGAGAUUAAGUAGAUAUAAUUGCAUAUAGAAAUAUGACUAAGUGGUAUAUGGAUUAAGUAGAAGAAUAUUAGGCAUUUACGAAGGAAUAAAAAGAAUUUUUGAUUAAUUCUUUAGAAUUCGUAACGUAUUAAAAUGGGGAAGUUGUUUUCAAAAAAGGGGAUGUUUUAUAAUAAAAAGAACUUGUAGUAAUCUUAGAAGGAGAGCUUUUAGAAUUAGGUAAAGCAAGUUUUAUUAAAAAAGGAAUUGUAUUAAAUAAAAUAUUUGAGAAAAAUAACGAUUAAGACAUAUUUUUUGAAAACGAAGUUAUUUUUAUAGGUAAUAAGUGUGUUUUAGGAAAAAUAAAUAUAUAAAAAAUGUU